AUGGCACAUUAUCUCCUACAGGCUCAGACUGCUCAAAGCACAUUAACCUCUUCAGCACCAGGAUCAGACUGCUCACAGCACACCAACUUCUCCAGCUCCAUGUAUCAACUAAUAUCUGUACAUCACCUUAUUAUUCCUUACAGGGGUCAGACUGCUCAAAGCACGUUAACCCCUCCAGGGUCAGACUGCUCAAAGCACGUUAACCCCUCCAGCAGCCUCUGUCAUAGCCUGCCGUCUGCUUAUGUUUACGGAGUGAAAAUGGAGCUCUGGGAAGAUGAAUUUUACAAUGAAAUAGAGGAAAGAGGAGUGCCUGAUGAUUGGGAAUUCUAUGAGGAUGUAGACCUGGACAUGCAAGAGAGGGGAGCAAAAUACACACAGCACACAUUUGCGAGGUUCAAAUGCUCUAGUUGUAAACGUUGGUGGAACUCUGCAGAAGUCCAUGUUGUAUUUUUUAUGACUUUGAAUAGAUCCCUACAACAGGGCACAGUAAGGAUGAGGAUCUUUAGGCAGGAAUGUAAACAAUGCAGCGUUCCUGAACUGGAAACACCAGAGAUUAGUCAUGAGAAUAUCAUAAGAAUCAUCAAAAACCUGGUGAACCGCAUUCCACAGGUAUUCUAUGGUGAGAGGAAACUCAAACAAGAUUUUAAACCUGAGAUAUAUGGCAAGGAUAGGGAAGGUCCUCAUGACAAGGAGCACUGUGAGGCUUGUAAGUUGAUGAUAUGUAAUUGGACAGUGGUGACCAAAAAACAACCAGCAGUACAAAGUUCCUCUGCCACAAAGAAACCGAAGCAUAAGCAAAAGACACAUAAAAAAGAGGAACAGUGUCAAUCAUCUACGAUGAUAUCAAAUGUUUUUACCUCUACACCAACCUACUCAGACUAUGAAGCUGAUGUUAGAUCAACACCAACCUACCCUAACUAUGAAGAAAAUAUUGCCCCAAAGAAGAAGCAUAAGCCAAAAAAACGUAAGAAAAAUAAACAGUGCCAACCAAAUAGAAUGACAUCACCGUCUGUUUUUACAUUUACACCAACCUACCCAGAAUAUGAAGAUUUUAGAUCAACACCAACCUACUCAGACUAUGAAGACAAUAUGAUCAAUCUAAGAUAUACAACAGCUUACUCACCACCACGUAAAAAAGAAACAUCUACCUUUCCUAUUUUAACCUCUGUCAUUUUAGGAAUUGGGGCAUUGGCUCUAUGGUAUUUGAAAAAAUAAACAAUCAUCAUACUGUACUGACAAAUUUUAUAAAAAUGAAAAAUUGCCUAGAGAAGGCCAUGUAAAGGGACAAGGACACAAAACAUUUUUAUAACUGAUCAAUAAUAAAGUUUCUCA